CGGGGCUGGGAGUCUUAUGGUAGCGGCGCCGUGUUACAGGCGUCUCGUGUUCAGCACCGCAGAUCAGUAACAUUCACUCUGUAAAUCCAGCUUCUAUCCGGAGGUUCUGACCCGCUAUGGAUCUCAUUAUACGACAGCACCUCUCUGCAGCCGAAAAUCAGCAAGAUGCCGAUGCCCUGCUCAAGGCGUACACCUUAAUUAGAGCAGCAAACAGAGACGCGUCCACAAAAGAUGGGCCAGAAAAGUUCAGCUCUGACUUGUACAUCCUGUGUGCCGAACAAGCCCUUCAACUUGGAAGUCCAGCAGUGAGCAAGGCCUGUCUUCAGAUGUAUUUCAAGAGUCAACCUCCUCCAAACCAAUUUUUAGGACGAGCGUUCCUGUGCCAAGCUCAAUUACACGACCCGAAGUCUCCUAAUAACCUGGGAGACCUAGAAAAGUCGGUGGCAUAUUAUCUGAAAACUGUUGAUUUUGCAAAACAACAAGAAAGGUAUCAUUUCCUUGUGUAUAACGCUUCUGUCUUAUACCUACAAACGGUGCGUCCUUUUCUGAAGCCUGGAAGUCGUCAUCUCCUUAUUCCCAGCCUUGUUAACAUUGUAAAGUCAUUGGGUGACAUCGAUGAUGCAGAAAACGACUGGAGAGCAGAUCUGAUGCUAGAGUUGCUGGAAUGUUUUUUGGAUGCUCAAAAAAUGAAGGAGGCUGCUGACUUUGCGACUAUGGCUAGUGAAUUCUUCAAAGUCAAUGCACCCCAGAAAUACCCUGUUCUGUUUGCCAAAAUGGUGCAUCACAAAUUAAUUGAUUCUGCUAAAGCGGCAAAAGAAACCAAAAGUUCAGCAACUUUGUCCGUCCUCUAUAAAAUUCAGAAGCUCAGAUCGCAAAUGGAUGGCUCCUUUACAGCAAAGGACGUUUUUACGAACCUCAAUGAAAUUUAUAAACUCUUGGCUCCUGCGGCCGACGAGCCUGCUCUGCAUUUAUCCACUUUGGAAAAAAUUCCUCUGCUGAUUGAACUUGCUCGUCUCUCAAUGGAUUUAAAAUGCAAUCAACUGGCUGCCGCUUGCAUCGAGGAUCUGAAGAACGCAGAUAUCUCUGAUCCAAAAACCCUCAUAACCUUAGAAUGUCUUCAUAGUGACCUUCAGAUUCUUAAUCUUGGCCGUCAGAUUGAUACUUACAAUAAAAGUGUUGUAGAGGCACAGCUGAGCGUUAUAAACAGACUGGAGACCACCUUACAGAACGCUGUCCGCCUCGGGGAGCCUAACGCCAUCCAGGAAGUGUGCACCACGCUGUGGGAUCUUUGUCUUCCCUUACUGCAGCCCAACCUGCGCAAAUACAUGAAGAAGCCUUUCAUUUCUAUGGCAGAUUCAUUAGAACAUAUAGACAGUUUAUUGACUGUAAUCCGCUGCCAGAUUCAUUUGGAAAUUGCCCAGCUUGAAGAAGAGGACGAUCGAAUUGAAGCUGCAAUAAGACACCUCGAGAAAGCAGUGAGUCUAGAUGGGAAUGGACAGUAUCAGAGCCACCUGAAAUGUUACCUUCAUCGUCUCCAGCUCCGAACUACACUGUACACAAAACCACAACGUGCCGAAGACCAGGCAGCAAUGAUUCUCGAGCAGGCAAAACAAAGUAAUGCAAAGGACUCUGUACGGAAGAAGCGUCCGCUGCUCGUCAAUGCCGGCCUCUGCCUGGCUCCUGAUGUUUUUCAGAUGGUGCUUGAUAGCGAGAAUGAAGCAAAAGUCUCCACAGGUAAAGGUAACAAGGGACAUAUAAGUUACUUGUGCCUGAAAGCGCAGCACCAUUCAAAGUGUGUCCAGAAGACUGAUGGCCAUUUAAAGCGUAUGGGGAACGCUAAUGAGGCAGAAAGGGUCAGGCUGUGGGCAGACUUGGCCAAGCUAGCUCGGAAGCAAGAGGUCUGGGAUGUCUGUAGGGCAGCGUGCCGUUUCUGUCUGUUAUAUGAUGACGGCCGGUGGAGUAUUUCAAAGCUUGAUGUCUCACACAAUAAAAGUCUUGCCCCCGGCGCGGUGGAUGAAGGGAGGAACUCCGAGACGGACUCUUCAAAGCCAAUAUUCGAAUUGUUCAGUGAUGAAAAGGUCUUAUUACGACUCCUUGCUGAAAUUCGAUUUAUCAAUGCAGAGGCUACAAUACACUUUCUAAAGUCUGAAGGCUGUAAACUGAAUGAAACUCCAAUCCCACCUGAAGACAACAGUACUCGUCCAUCUUCCUACAUUCCUGUAAAGCUGGACGAAGACCCAGAUUGGAUCCUGUAUAGGGAUUGGAUCUCACAGCUUUCAUCGUAUGCUACAGAAAACUUCCUGCAAGCCGCAGAGUUGGGUGUCAGAAUGCAGGAGGCCUGGAUAACUCAUAAUGCCACGGUCUAUAUCCUAAACCACAACCAGCAUAUCAUUGCAUCUGGAAGGUUAACAUUGCUUCUUGAGACGCUAAAGAAACUGCUUGUAGCACUUAAGAAAACCGGACAUUGUGGGAACCCGGCGCUGUUGGUUAUGCUGUCCAAUGCCUUAGCCAAAGGCUUAAUUCUUCGCUGGAUACCUGUGUCAGACAGUAAUAAAAGAUCAGAUACAAGUCUGCAUACCGAGAAAGGCAAGAAGGCUUCAGGGAAGGGGCCCGAAAAAUCGAAUGUAGCACAUGUUUUGUCACUUGAUCCAAAUGGCCUUCCUGAUGUGAAACUCGCCCUGGAGGUCUGUGACUAUGCAUUAGACUUGACCCAUGAGAGUUCUCCGGAAGAGAUAGUACCCAUCUCCUUAAGACAACAACUAAUUUCUACUUGGGUGAAGGCUAAACAGCUACUCCAGCAACAGAUUGGACCCAAACUUGGAACAGAUGAUGAGGAAAACAAUGAAGGACAAAACCUCAUGACCAAAGUCAUUGUCGCUCUAGAAAUGCACUCCUGUAAUGGGUUAGGACUGAUGGACUUUACUGUUCCAAGCCUCUCACAAGUUUGGAAGAUGGCGCAGGAGUGUGACUGGUCAGAUCCCCUCCUAGAGCUGCAGGCAUUCACCAGGCUGGCGCACUUUGCCUACAAUGCCCACGACCUAGAACUAGCCUUAUCCUGUUCCCGGAGAGCACUGACGUUUGAUGAAAGGAUAAAAAAGCCAGACUACCGCAGCUCUCCCUCGGCGUAUGAGAUGUUGAGCGUCACCGCCUGCAUUCAGGGCCAAAGCAUAAUGGACAGCUUGGCCGGCAAAAAACACCUUCGUCUUUCCGCCAUAAAAGCUUUUGAAAUGGGCUCAAGGUUUGCUGGAGAAGCUGGAAGCCCUGCUCUAACAUUACAGGCAGCUCGACACUUCUGGUAUGCUUGUUCUCCGCUGAUAAAGUCUGCUACUGAACGGGAUUCCCUAAAAGAUUCUGUCAUUUGCGUUAUCAAGGCUCUGGCUCAAGCCGAGAUCAAAAAUAAAAAGAGGUCAGAAAAUGAUACCAUGUUAUUUCACCUGUGGCCUUCCAUGGAUGUUCAAAGCCGUACCGUUCAUGACCCUGAAAAUCUGGAAGGUUCAUCCAGUGAAUCAGAUCAGUACGAUCAGGAGCUCAGCCUAAAGGCUGCACUUUACGAGUUGCUGUUCCAUAUGUAUGCCGAUAAGAAGGACUGGCAGUCAGGCCUGAAAGUACUAGAUGAAGCCAUCAGCAUUCUGCCACGUACCAGACACAGACUCAUACUUUUUAAACAUCGUGUUCUGGUGAAGGCCCGUCUGGGUCAGAACUUUUUUAUGGACAUUCAGAAGUUUAAGGAUGAAAGUGAAGACUAUGUGUCGUACAUAUGGCAUCACGUGGCUCUUGCCUGCAAAGACACCCGUGAUCAGUUAGCCUGCUAUAUGAAUGCAGUUGAUGCCCUAAAGAGACCAGAAAAUGAUUGCCAGAAAGUCGAGUACUUAUUGGAGCUGGCAGAGUGGUUGUACAGCAAGCAGUUUCCUGUAGGCACGGCUGUUAACCUGCUGGAUUGGGCAGUCAAUAUUUUACUCCAUAUGAAGUUCUCCGAGGAAGACAAGAGCCAGAAGGCUAAAGCAAAAACUAAGAAGAAAUCUUCCCCGAAUAAAGAUCCUGGACAAGACGAAGAUGUAAAUGUAGACAGUGGCACGCCAGGGAUCGGGGAGAAUGCUGCAAGCGCCUAUAGCUCCCUGGAAGACUUGAGGAACGUGAGACAGCUGGAGGCCUUAGCUCGGGCGUUCAUGUUAAUGGCCGUGAUCAGUGGUGGUGCUUCACAUGAGCAGCACUGUCUGAUGGCAUAUGCCUGUGUCCUGCGUAUCUGGCAGGUGUCAUUGCCUGCAGCAGGAAACUUUAUUAAAUCAUUACAAAAAAAACCUGCGCCUGUUCAAAACCCACAAUCUGCAUCAAGUCGGAAGGAAAAGGGGAAGAAGGAAGCAAAUGAGUCUGUUGUAACCAAGGAAAAGCCCAAGAGAAAAGCCCCUAUCGACACCUUACCUUCUACUGUUGAGGAGUGGGCUGGCUUUGACUGCCCUGAUGAAGUCAGAGAUGCAUUUAGACAAGAUACGUCUUGUCAUGUCAUAAACAGGAGCACUAUUGUAAAACCAACUUACAGUCUCUACUACUUGGAUCUACUAGUGCAGGAACUGCAGAGCAUCUCAUUCACUGCCCUGAGCCUCCCUGUUCUCCAUCUUGCGGAAGUGAUUGCACAUGAUGUUGUACAAAGUAAAAGCCUCUCGGAUCUCUAUCACCUGAGAAUUUCUCUAGUAUGCACCAACUUCAAGUUGUACUGUGCCGUCAGUUAUCACCAGAGAGCAGCCGGGAAUGUGUUCAUUAGUGAAUACGAACAGAUAAGCUGCAGACAAGAAAUAUGUGCUCUCAAAAAUGAGAAACAAGAUAAUAAUAAUAUGACCGGAAACAUAGAAAACGCUUCAGUGAGUGGCCGACAAAAGAUGUUGAGCAUACACGCCAAUGGGAAGGGAUUAAGUGGAUGUUCUCUCCCAUAUCUGUGGCUGGAGAAGGCCGACGUACUGAUAGAUCUUGGAUUUUUUCACCCAGCUCGGGUUCUUUUAACACAAGCUUAUAAAUCUCUCCAGGACAUGGGUGAUGGGCAUUACCUGCUGAAGUGUCUCUACCUGUUGUCGGUGUUGGCCGUCAGCGAGAAGAAUUAUGGGCAAGCAAAGUCCUUGCUGAUGGAAGUCAAAGAUCUCCCAAGAGAUGCAGAACUUUGGUAUAAAACCACAAUUGCCCUCACUGAGGCAGUUCUAGGUGCUAAGAAGGAAGGUGGAGGAAGGAAGGCUGUAAAACUCUUGGAAACCACCAUAGACGUUUUUAGAACCAUGAUGCAGAAAGAAACAAACCGAGAACCUGAUUACGGUCUUCUUAUAGCCAAGUUACAUGCCAGGAAAUUUGCAAUUCUUUUAAAAAAUGCCCAGGCGUUGAUGUGCAAAGGUAGUGAACCGUCUCAGGUAGUUGUAGUACUGCUCGAUAUGUGUGACAAGAUGAGCCAAACUGGAGCCGAUCUCCUCCGCUACGGACACAAGGAGUACAGAGCAGAAUUCAUGAUGGAACACGCUAAUAUUUUGAGGAUCCUGGCCUGCAGCGUAGAAGACUUGGGACGUAAGCACGGUUACUAUCUGGAUGCAUAUGUUAUGGUGGAGAAAGCAAUCUCUGCUGUAGAACAGAUACUAUACAACAUUCAAAGGUCUGCUGUUAUUGAGGCAGGGGGUAUUAGUUUGCCAGUACAGAGAAAACUUGUAAAAAUGAAGCUAGAUUUUGCUGAACUGUCAUUGGAAAUCGUCCAGCUCGUCAUCAAGGAAGAGGGAGAGAAAUUGGAAGAAGAAAAACGCAAAGGAGAACUGCGUGUCAUUGUGGAAGAAUUUGUAAGGGCGACCCCCGAUUGUAACUCAGUGGAGCAGGAGUGGAAAGCCCUUGGCCGGACGGUGGGCUCAGCGGCUCUAUCUCAGCUGGCAAACGCUUUGACAUUAGCAUCUGGCUGUAAUGAUCUGAAGGCGGAGGCGUUGUAUAUCGCUGGGAAAUGCCUCCGUUCGCUCUCCUUUAGAAUUGAUCCACUUCAUCCCGACGCGUACUGGAAUGACCGUUAUUUGGAUGAAAGAAAGGCCUGUGAAGGCAGUGGAGAUAAUGACACAGAGCGGCACGAUGCCAGCAUGGAGCCCAGUAGUAAACGGCUAGAUCAGCUGGUGAGGAAAACAGCGGCAUUGAAGACCAGGAGGACACUUGCCCAGAUGUACCUUGCACAGUCCACUGAGAUUUUACUACAAGCCAUUAGUGUUGCCAUAAACAACCGCUCCAUGAAUACAUUGUCAUCUGCAAGCCUCGAGAUCUGCACAUGCCUCGGACAAUUUGACCCUUGCACAGCAGGAGUGUUCCUGGCGCUUCAUCAGAGCUGUGUGUCUAGCGUGAUGACGGAAGAACUGGUUCUUGCUGCGACCCUCAACACCAGCAACUCCCAGUUUGCAGCAUUACUGCAUCUCCUGCAAUACCUACAGAAGAAAGGAGACGAGGGCCCCCUGAGGAAGCAAGCUGAGCAAAGACUGGCGGCCACGUCAACAGUGUGGGGAAAUCUUCAAGUCACCAUGCAAUUCUUCAACAUUUUCAAUGAGCUACCACCAAAUUUUAAUCUGGUUAUCUUACAGCAUUCAGAAGACAGAUCUCUCUUAUAUGGCGCACUUCUUGAAAAACCAAAACCCGUCUCCUCACAAAAGGGAAAGCCAAGUCAUCAACAAAAAACCCUGCAAGCAAAAGUUGCUCGAUGUUCUGUGGACCGUCAAAUGUUUACGAGCUUGUUGGAAAAAAUGGAGCUGUUCAAACAAGAUAUGAUGCAGAGCGUCCUCAAAAAGGAACAUCAAGAAAGCUUCACAAGGCGGGAAAUCAACAGAGACCCAGCAAUGAAGGAUCCGAGCACAGAAGACGGUGAAAGGCGACAAAGACUGGCAGAAGAUUUCCAUGAGAUAGUAGAAGCCUUGGAAAACUAUCUGAGCCCUGUGCUUCUUCAGCUGGACUUUGCUCCAUUCAGACAGCCGUCGCCGCCUCUGUCAGUCGCAGGAUCAGUGAGAGUAAAGUCUAGAGAGCGAGACGACAAGCCGGUAACCACAUCAAGUGCAUCAGUGGACGUGGGAGACUGUGUGAUUCUGCUGGCAGAUAAAUCACUUCAACAGUUGCCACUAGAGGCUCUUGGCAUUCUCAAGGACGACAGUAUAACCGCCCUGUCGAGAGACUUUUCACUUCAGUUAUUGUAUAACAGGAUUCAUAGAGAUCACACAGAAGAUUCAGAAAGGAAGAGAGAUGUGAAGAGUGCCAAAGAAUCCAAGCAGAGAGGGGAACAGAAAAAGAUCAUAAAAACCGUACCUAUCAAUCUUGUUCUACCAGCGAACUGCAUGCCAGUGGAUGCCCAUCGCUUUAAAUAUAUUGUGGAUCCUUACAAUGACAUAAGAGAACCAGAAGCACUGAGCCCGGUCUAUAGAAUGAAUGAACUUCUUGUCAAAUACAGCCAGCAAUUUGCAGCUAAUUGGGAAGGAAUUACAGGCGCUUCACACGUGCCCAGUCAUGCAGAGUGGGAAAGCCUGAUGACGAGCUGCAGCGCAUUCAUCUUCUAUGGGACGGAGAGGCUUCUAGCCCAUGUACUAUUAGACAAGUUUCUGGCUAUGGAUUUUACAGGUUGUCAGCUAAUGAUUCUUCUGGAUCAAGUCAGAACAAGUCAGAGUUUUUCAAGGCAAUCCAUGAUUGAUGUCCAAAAAAGUGAAUCUCUCUUAUGGUUGGAACGACCUGUGGAGACGGCCCUGAUGCUGAGCGUGGCCGGCGUGCGCUCCGUGAUGCUGAACCAAUGGCCUGCACCUCUACAACACAACGCCAGAAGACUAGACUUGCUUUCAGAAUAUCUGUUAGCUCUUGGCAAGACAACCGGGCAAGCAGUGCAUAGCCAGCGAAAACUGGGGAGCGACUCUGAUAGGAAAGUGAGGGAAGACAACUCUGAGGAUACACAUGAUGAAGCUGGGCAGAGCCCCCAUGAUUCAAAGCUUCUUUUUGGAGACCCAUCCCCAUAUAGCUAUAUUCUGUACGGCCUACCCAAUAUGGUUGUGAUGUGAAAAAACACGUUUUGGUGACUUCAGAGGUUGAGAAGGUUGAGCGAACAUCACUUUUGGAAAUUAAAAGAAGAGUCCUUGAGAUAAUUUAAUAACACUAAACCCAGGGUGCUCUGAAUUACUGUAAUUUUAACAUAACAAUCCAUUAUUCACUUAACGCAUUUGCCUUUAUAUAUAGCAGU